AUGGGAUCCCAGCAAUCGAAAGCCCUGCAGCUAUUGACAGCGGCUGGGCCGUGGAACAGCGCACAUCCUUUGCCGAGUCCAUGGAGCGAGACUACUCUACAGGAAACAACAAAAGUAGUCCUCAAGGGCAUGUUGGCUAUCGUCGGAUUCUCGUUUGCAGUGAUGGUCGGGAUGUUCUUCUACCUUCGCUUCUCUCCUUCACAAAGGAGAGCAAAUGUGAACUGGCAAGCACUGAGCCAUCCAACUACGACUCGGUCACAAAUGCUUAUCCUCAUAUGUCACUUGGUCCUGGCUCAAGUCCUUCAGUUGAUUGGCUUCUUGAUAUCUGCCAUACAUCUCAUCAAGGGCCAGAUCAUCUCGCCGAGCCCGACGUGCCAAGCACAAGGCAUCUUUCUUUUCGGAUCUCAUACGCUCACACACUUUACUAUUGCCAACAUUGCGACGCACUCUGCGUAUUGUGUGUCCAGAUUGAAGCCCAUGUCCCUCAACCUUCUUGUCAUGCUAAACGUCAUUACUUGGAUGCUGACCUUGACCUUAUGCUUGGUCUAUCCUUUGGUUUAUCAUUCGCUCAACGUGGUGCCAUUCUUCACCUUUAGCAGCAUAGUAUGUUUUGUGAGCGGUCUUUGGCGAAUUGAGAAGAUCAUUGUGGUCUACGUUCCUUCAGUGGCCCUGUUGAGUGUCGGCAUCUUUCUAUACCCAUUCAUCAGCGUCAAACUUGUGCGGCAUUCCGCUCGUCUUCGACGAAUAGGUCCCAAUACAGAGGCAGCCGUUGGCAGAGAAAAAGAUAUCCUCCGAGCCUCAAAGCGCGUCCUCAUGUUCCCGAUCGCUACGGUCAUCGUCACACUACCCUUUCUCACAUUGUCGAUGAUGGGAUUGCUGACUCCAUUGAGCUUAAAAUUUGAGUCCUGGACGGUCAUCGUAGUGGGCUUCUCUGCCGCAUCUGCUCCACUGGUCACCUGUGUCAUCUACUUCUUCCUGACUUCGUUCUUCAAGACAUCGUCAACUCCUGAAAAUUCUCAGUCGUCUGCUGCUGAUGUCACUGGGUCUGAGAUGAACAUGGACGAGGUGCCCUUCAUCUUGGGAGAAGGCACUGUAAAGACUUUUAUCAGCAGCCCGGCGGCCAGGGAAAGUUUGAGUGACUACGAUUAUGACAGUACAGCUGUCUACCAUCUUUCAAAAAUCAGGACGGUCGACUUUCAGCCGGGCUCUGCGCUACCUAAGCCGAUUCCCAAGUGA